GAGCCUUCCGCGGUACUCCAUGUUGUUUUCCUCUACAGUGACACACACUAACACACUGUAUCACACACGAACACACUGGCAGUCAUGUGACGGGCAUUUUGUAAAACUCGGUCAGUGCUCGGUCGACUGUGGAGUAACCUUGCCGCUUCUGGAACAUUCUCAAGGACGAACAUCGAAUCCAUGCGACGUCCGUACACGAGCACAAGACGUUCCUGGCUGGAACCUUUUCAACAUGAAGGCGCUGUUGUGAUGUUUGCUCGUGGACUGUGACGUGCCCCGGGAGAGGACGCGCUUUGAUGACCCACAUUGACUGGACUGUCCCAAAAAGACCAAACAAGUCGUCCUAAAUACACAAAAGUGCAUUUUUGCCAGUGAUGGUAGAUCAUUCCCAGAAGACCCGCGCCUGUCACUUGUCUGGCACGGGGACAGACUUGGACUACAAUGUGAUGCCGUCACCGUUUUCAGAGGACGACUUGAGCGAAUCCUCCAGUCCUCGUUCCUGCUCUAGCCCGGACUCGCAGGUUCUCAGCUCCAGCUUCGGCAGCAACUCCAGCACCGAGACCAACAUCCUGGACCAGCUGCUUUCCCAAACGUCUUUAGGACGAGCCAGCAAUGCUGUUGCAGAACCAGUGGCAUCUUCUGUCCUCUGGGAUGAUGCCUCCAAAUGUGAAACAGGGAAGAAGGAAGGUUUGGAUCCGUUUUCGUGGUCCAAACAACAUCGAGAGUCCUUCCAGCCUACAUUGGAAGAAAUCGAAGAAUUCCUGGAGGAGAAUAUGGAGCUGGUGACCAUGAAGCAGGAACAUCAAGAAGGUGGGCCGGGGAUUGGAAUGGGACCAGAAGAUGUUGGACUGGAGUGUUGUCAGGAGGCUUCCUCUGACACAAAGCCGGAAGUCAAGUGUUCAGACCAAACUGUUGCCAUUGCCAGCACGACCUCUAGUGAGAGCAAACCCUUAUCUUCUACCUUACCUUGUAAGAAGAAGCCAUCACCAGGCAAACCUUCAUCAGCAGACAAGGCCAACAAUGGCGGCAUCAUCCUACACAUUCAGCCCCUUCACAUCAAACAGGAGCCAGCGGUGGUACCUGUAGUCCAGCCCCCUUUAGACCUCACCAUUGCACAGCUAUUGGUCAAUAUCCAAGGCCAGACCUUUGCCCUGGUACCCCACAUCCUGCCCUCACCGAGCUUUGACGUCAGCUCCAAGUUUGUACGCAUCGCUCCCGUCCCCAUCGCAGCCAAGCCUGUCGGCAGCGGAGACCACGUCGCCGGCCAAGGAGCAGGGAUUCAGAAGUUCCUGAAGAACCCGGUGGCGGAUCUUAUUAAAAUGCACAAAUGCACUUUCCCUGGCUGCAAUAAGAUGUACACCAAGAGCAGCCACUUGAAGGCCCACCUGAGAAGACACACUGGCGAGAAACCUUUUGCCUGCAACUGGCAGGGGUGCGGAUGGCGAUUUUCCCGAUCGGACGAGCUGUCGCGACACCGGCGUUCCCACUCGGGGGUGAAGCCUUACCAAUGUCCAGUAUGUGACAAGAAGUUUGCCCGCAGUGACCAUCUGUCCAAACACGUCAAAGUGCACCGUUUUCCACGAAGCAGUCGUACAGGUCGUUCAGCAAAAUGAUGUCUGCCAUUACAAGUGGAAGUACCCGCCCCCUUAUAUCUCUCCAACGCCAUGCAAAAAUCAACGUGUACAGUAGGGAAGUAAGUAUUUCAUCCCCGGUUUGCUAGCUUACACCCUUCCAAAGAUACACGAUUUUUAUGCUAGAUUUAUUUUAAUAGAGACAGAAUAUAAAAAGUUACAUGAAAUACCGAAUAGAGGAAGUACUGAUCAUAUCUUUGGAAGGGGUAAACAUCCAAAAAGGGUGUCAGAUACUUACUUCCCAUACUGUACUUGAGUGUGUACAAAGAACCCAAUACACCCGCUAUGUUAUUACAUACCUUUUGGUGCUUUCAUGUUUGUUUGGUUUAUGGUUGGGAAUUCUCUCCCGCUGCCGCAUCAAAGGUCAUAUAUCAUUUUUUUUUUAACGUAAGAGUAUGUUUCGCUUGGAGAACAACAGAUGGCCUUUUGAUCUGCUUUGAAGCCAGCAGCAUUUUGAAGACGAUAUGCAAAAUGUAGAAGGACUGCCAUUCAUCUGGAUGACCGAGGAGGUAGUACCAGCACUACUAGUACUUGCCAUGGUAGUUCCAAGAAUGCAUCCAGCUGCCAUUCUAUAACCUCAAUAAGCUACUGAGACCUGUCUCACAUUUUACACUUGAACCCAUAAGAAGCCAUAAGAAGACGUGAAACGUGUUCAAAUGUGCCCUUGAACACAUCAGGUCCCUAAAGGAAACGUUUCGGAGUGCUUGUGAUGUGACUUGUCAUUGCUGCUGUUGUAGUGCGUUACUCGUCCUCGUAGUCUUCCAUGAGCCGAACAUUAAUUUACAGUAUUCCAUCCAAGUAUUCCAACAGGAAACAGUGUAACAGUGGGCUACAGCCAGUUUCUCCCUGAGCCAAUCAGGACUGUUGUGUCUGGCUACACUUAACUGAGAUGAGCUGGGAAUGUCUGGAAACUCUCAUGAGUAUACAACACCCUCUACUGGUAGCAGUAGUAAAUACAACAACACGCAUGCAACAAAGCACAGAUAGAUGACUCUAAUACAACACAAGGAUGUAGAACACAACGCAUGUUCAUAGCUGGUAGAAGAAAAUAUGCAACAUUGCACUUUUAAAAAACCUGCAAAGCAGCCAAUCCGUGAUUUGGACUGGCGUCCCAAAAAAAGGCAUUUUUUUUUGGACGCCACAGAGGACUGUCAUAUCAUGUAUCAUAUCAUACAUGAAAUUGAUAGUAGUUACAGUGAUGAUUUGUACAUUAUCUAUCAACAUUGUACCCUCCAAAAACAAACAAUAUGAAGUAAUUAAAAGCUAUUUAAUGAUAAUAAACAUGUCAAAAGAUAUGUUUUUGUACUUACUUAUUGUAUGAAGUCAAAAAGCACCAAAAAUCUGUCUACCGGAGUCAGUGUGAGUGGCACUGUACAGAAAGUCGGACUGGGUCAGGAUUCAGUGUGAGCCCUCGGUAAUAAAUUCAGAAAAAAAAUCACGAUCACUAUAAACUCUCAGUUACUUUCCAGUGUGUCCUGGUUACUGAUACCAUGUUUUGAGUAUAGAUUUUUGCAUCUAAAGCUCUGGUAUCGAUGGUAUCGAUAUUUCAGUACCAGUGGCAGUGUGUUUUACCAUAGAAGUUCAUUUUAAUAAAUCCAACUGUAAUGCUUUGAUAGGGUGUCAAACAUUAACCAUUCAACUCUUCUUCCUAUAUUUCUUCAAUCAAUUCAUAGAAAACCAGCUAGCAAAAUAUUGCUAUGGUGUAUCGUGUUCAAAUUGCGAUGGAAAUCGUGACGUGAUGUAUUCGUCCCAAUAGCAAAAAUGCUAAUAAGACACUCAAUAAAUGUCGCUCUUUCAGUGAUAUUCAAUCAAAGUUACUUUAAUUUGUGUUAAACAUUUGCGUGAGUUUGUCGAUUAAAAUAUUUAAUCGCGAUUAAUCACAUUUUGUCUGGAGUUAACUCAUAAUUAAUUGCAAUAUGGGGGAAAAUGCCAUUCACGAGCAUUCAUUCAUUCAUUUUCUACCGCUUAUCCUAACCCUAGAGGCGGGGUACACCCUGGACUGGUCGGCAGCCAAUCACAGGGCACAUAUAGACAAACAACCAUUCACACUCACAUUCAUACCUAUGGACAAUUUGGAGUCGCCAAUUAACCUAGCAUGUUUUUGGAAUGUGGGAGGAAACCGGAAUACCCAGAGAAAAUACAUGCAUGCUCGGGGAGAACAUGCAAACUCCACACAGAGGUGGCCGUGGGUGGGAUUGAACUCGGGUCUCCUAGCUGUGAGGUCUGCGCGCCAACCACUCGAUCGCCGUGCAGCCCCCAUUCAAAAGCAAUGAAUAAGCAAUGCAGUACAUACUUUUGAUACAUGUAAACUCACCAUUGUUUGACUUGAAAUGGCUUCUUAUGGGUUUUUUGCAGAGAAACAAGGAGGAGGAAGGAUAUUGGAGCAACACAAAUAAAUGCAAACAUGAAUUAGUGAUUGUGAAAUCUGCCUUCUGAUUGGUGUUGAAUCUGAUUUACUGUACGUCAUGUGUACUGUAUGCGUUUGCUUGGUCUUGUAUUUCUAUUGCUUGUCAAGCCUUACUGUACCACAAAGUCCUUAUUUGGAGGGACAACUGCUUAUUGGUCAUCCAUAUCAUAUCUGUGUGGUUCAGGUCAGUUGUUACAUUGUUUUAUUUUUUACAUGUCACAGAGCUGAGAACAACACAACACUGGCACACUACUGCCUCAGCGGUGCUACUGGAAAGCCCUGAGGUGUUUUCUCUCCUGGUAGUUGUAUUCUGUACGUUGAGGUGACGUCAUUGGACACAACGGUGCUAAAGCUGCAACAAGAGCGCUGAAUGUCAUUACAGCAACCACUCAUCUAUUUUUCUGAGCCGUUAUCUGUGUUAUCAGUCACACCGUGUAGCGAAUACGGUCUGUACGUCGAUGCAUCAUUCCUUUUAUUCACUUGUUGAAUUCUUAAUGCCUGCGUGAACACAGGAUUUUUUUUUAAUCACAUCCUAUGAAUGUAUGUAAAUAUGCACAACUUUGCAUGGCUGUAUCCUGGACUCACUCAGAGACUAUUCUGAUACCAUAUGCUAAAAACACAACUAGUGUUUUGUGGAAAUUUGAUGUGAAAACCCUAAUUCUGUACAUAAUUUAAUAUUUCAGUACAUAUCAAUUAUAUAUUAUAUAUAUUUUACCUUUGUUGUACCUGAGAUGCAUUUACAAAUAAAAUGGUUCAAAGCAAAUAUGACGUCCAUCUUGUUGCUGACUGUGUUCAUGGAUUCUAAUUGCAAGCAACUCAAACAAGCAGGAAAAAAAUCCAGAAGAAACCAGUGGAUGCUUGGUUAGCGUCAAUCUGUUCUAGAAGGCCC